AUGGCCGGUUUCUCCUCCUUCAACUCCUCCCGCUCCGGCAGCAGCAACCCCUUCCCCGGCCCCUCCGUCGCCGUCAUCCGCGACAUUCCCAUCGGCGAGCGUGUGCCGGUGAAGCUCUCCACCACCGCUGCCAACUUCUUCCCGUGGAAGACGUACUUCGGGCUGCUCUUCCGCGAGUAUGAUCUCCUCGAUCACGUCGACGGCACCAUCGACCUUCUCGCCAUGCCGCACGACCCCGAGUGGCUCGCCAUCGACGCCACCAUCAUCCGAUGGUUCUACCAGACCGUCUCCAACGACAUCUUCCGCACCGUCGUCCGCGACGGCGACUCCGCACAUACGGUCUGGGCAAAGAUCACCGGCCUCUUCACCGACAACAAAAUCCAGCGGAGCCUCUCCGACGAGCUCCGUGACUUGGAGUUUCCGAUCGAUGACAAGAUCAUGCUCUCCACCCUGUCAGCGGGUCUCGGCGAGGAUCUCAGCAACGCCGCCUCCAACCUAACGCUCCUCACCACGCCCACCUUCGAGCAGGCCAUGGCCUACCUGCGCCUCGAGGAGCGCCACCUCAAGCAUCUCUGGGCUCGGGCGGCCCAUACCGCCUUCGUCGCAGACUUCUCUCGCGGUGCCCAGACUCCCGCGCCUCGCGCCCCCGCGCCUCGCCCCACCGGUCCGCCGCCGGGUUUCCCCGCACCCGGUCACCAGGCCGGUCAGACUGGGCCGUGGACCGGCCAGUCCGGUCACCAAGCCGGCCAGACCAGGCCGUGGACCGGUCCAGCCGGCGCCCAGGCCGGUCGGACCGGCCCUGGACCGGGCAGGAGGCUCCUUCUGGCGGUGGUUGCCGCGGCCGUCGUCGUCGUGGCGGUGGUGGCAACGGCGGUGGAAAUGGUGGCGCCAACGCCACCGCCCCCGCGCCCCGUCCACCCCAGCACACCGCCCCUCCGCCAUGGACCGCCGGUCACAAUCCGUGGACCGGGGUCGUUCAUGCCUACUCCAUGCCCGUGCCGCACGCCCCCUACCCGAGCAUCAUGGGGCCGCGUCCGGCCACACACCAGGCCUUCUACGCGGCGCCCCAGCCCGCCCCGGCCUACGCCCCCCUCCCCCCGAGCUCGGCGCUUGACCGCCCUCCAGAGCGUCCCCUCCGUUGGGGCAUAUGGUGGCGGUGGCGACUGGUUCAUGGACACCAGCGCCUCCGCGCAUAUGGCUGCGCACCCCGGAUGGUCGUACUCGGAUGCUCCUCCACCGAUGUGA